ACGAUCAUCUACCACUACCAUCGGAGCAACUUGGUGGAGACGAGUCCCCGAGAUUCAGAUUUGGCCUCGCUAAGGAAGCAAACUCCAUUGCCAGAAGCUUCGAUCGGCACAGGGCCAUCAUCAAUGGCGAGCACGUCUUCCACUACCGCCGCUAUGGCUUUGAGCAGAGGCUUCGGAUUUCUCUCCGCCCCUCGCACGCCCGCGAUCUUCCAUUGCCGCUGCCUUUCAACCUUUUCCGGCCGAUUCUCCAGCUUCGGGUUCAUCGGAACCGCAUCUAGAUUCGCGAAUUUGCCUCCGAGGAAUCCAGGCCCGACCCAAAUUCGCGCUGUUUCGGGCUCGUUCGGGUCCCGGCUGGAGGAGAGCGUCAAGAGGACCAUCGCCGACAAUCCCGUCGUUAUAUACUCCAAAACUUGGUGCUCGUAUUCGUCUGAGGUGAAGUCUUUGUUCAAGAAGCUUGGCGUGGAUCCUCUCGUUAUUGAAUUGGACCAGAUGGGUCCCCAAGGACCUCAGUUGCAGAAAGUGCUGGAAAGGCUUACUGGGCAGCAUACCGUCCCCAAUGUGUUUAUUGGGGGAAACCACAUUGGAGGUUGUACAGAAACCGUUAAGCUGCACCGGAAAGGUGAACUUCAACCAUUGCUCUCUGAAGCUAGUAGUUCCAGAAAACCGGAGAGCUAAGCUCUCUUUGUCAGCAGCUAAAGACUAUCCCUUGGUUGCCCUUUGUCAUCUCUUCACAUUGUUUUUUAUAUUUAAGCCUGAUCAUUGUUGUCACAGUGAAAACCAUAAUAGUAGCUUUGAUUCCAUAGUUUUAUUUCUUUUUCCACUUUGCCAACUGCUUUGCCUAUAGGACAAUAAGGUUCUUGUGGUAUG